ACAAAAGGCAGUCAGUAGAAGGCUGAAAAGUGAAAGUCUUUCUUUUGGUAUCUUCACCGUUGCGAACACGUUUGUGAUUGUUUGUAUACAUUAAAUGUUUUGACUGAAUUCACAUUCGGGGAUCAGGUACUACGAUUUUAGUUUAUGAACAAUCAGCGCUGCCACCAACAUGAACAUUCGCCGCGCGACACCCGAAGAUCUGCUGGAUAUUCAGCACUGUAAUUUACUCUGCUUGCCCGAGAACUAUCAAAUGAAAUAUUACUCCUAUCACGUCUUCACGUGGCCCCAGAUAAGCUACGUGGCCGAGGAGCCCAGGGGAAAGAUCGUGGGUUACGUGCUCGCCAAAAUGGAGGAAUAUGAGGGCGGACAGGGUGUCCCCCACGGCCACAUUACAUCGCUGGCCGUGAAACGCUCCUACCGGCGACUUGGUAUAGCUCAGAAGAUGAUGCAUCAAGCCUGCCUUUCGAUGUCCGAGUGCUUCAAUGCUCAGUACGUGUCGCUGCAUGUCCGGGUGUCGAACCGAGCUGCGUUGAAUCUCUACCAGACGACGCUCGGUUUUCAAAUGUUGGAAGUUGAGCCAAAAUAUUAUGCCGAUGGGGAGGAUGCCUACGCGAUGCGGCGUGAUUUAUCCGAACAGUCGAAACUAAUGUUCUCCCUAAUGCCCGAGCCCGAGGAGAUCGUCGUCGACACGGCAACCGCUGAUCAGGGCAGUGGAUCGGAGCCGAAGAAACACGAUGGACAUUGUUGCUGCUAGCGCAAGACGAUGGACUGUGCGAGAAAAUUCGUGAUGUGCAUGAAUAGUUCAGUUCUAUUUCUCGUGUUAAACAAAAAAAUAUGGUAAGGUGUGUAAUACAUUUUUUAUGGCCAAAACUUUAAAUGUACAAAAUAAAGAUUGUUUUGAUCCACUCACCAUAAGAAUCGAGUACAGUACAA